AUUUCGUUUUUAACAAUGUGGCACUGACACUCACUAUCCAGCAGCAAUGUGGCAACACCAACAGAGGGGCAAGUUUAUAUUGGUUGGUCAGCGUAAAAGGCAGCUUGAUGCAAGAUGCUCAACUACAUUAAAGAGGCAAUAAUGGCGCCGUCCACACGUAGCAGCAGCUGUGGCAAAAACAAUCAAAGUUCAACUGGCAAAGGACUGGACAAGGGCAACAGAGAUAAGGAAAGAGAACGGGACAUUGAAUCGUCAGGAAAAAUGCAAGGCUACAAAAUAACUGACAAUGAGCGAACUCGAAAAUAUGGGAUUGGAGCAAAUUCACUGGAAAUGCUCAUACGGAAAGCUCUGCUUAAAUUUCCGCUGCAGGACUUGCACAUCUAUUUGGCAACCGAUGGGUUUGAAGUGUCUGAUGACGAAUAUUUUAACAGCUUGCCAGCGCAAACCUUAUUCAUCGUGGCUGGACCCGAUGCUGUUAUUACAACAGAUGGUGACUAUGAGUUUGAAAAAAUGCGUCAAGAGUCGCCGUUGCUCAAGGUGGCAGACAUAUUUUAUGACUUCAUUGAGCAGCAUCCGGAUAAGUUUCGUCGUAUGAUUGCGCAGUACGAACAACAAAAGCAGCGUCAUGCUCUGGACAACACCAAGGCACACUUGAGUCUUAAGGUCGAUCACCUUGAAUGGUUCGAGGGCAGCGAGGAGCGCUUUCAAUCCAAGGAGGAAGCAAUGGCAAUGAGAGCACAAACACGUGUUCGUGGUUACUAUUACAAGACUAAGGAGGAGCUGACUCGCAACAAACUGUACAGACAAAAUGCCAAGGCGAGACAAGUGAUUAAUUCUGCGCUGGAACAAUUUCGCUAUCUGCUAAUUGGCUGCGAUUACUUCUCCAUGAUGUUUAAUCGAAAGUGUCAGCAGAAGCAUGAGAUACUGCAAGAGCAUAUUGAUGCAGAGGAGACUGAUGCUGCCGGUGUCCCUAAUAAGCGUCUAAGACAACUCAUUAAGGACUAUACUACACGCCAUGCCAUACUGGAUGAAUGGUCUGUUUCAUUAUGCACUGAUCUGGGAGAUUUCUAUUGCCAGGGUGCAUACUCAGAUAAUGGCAACUGUUGCAGUCUACAGCACACCAUAAAUCCAUAUGCAUCGCGUGAGAAUCUUAUUUUGUUUCAAGUGUGGAAUCUCGAUCAUCAAAUUGAAUUAUGUCGCUCAAUUUUGCCCUCUCUCGUGGCUAAUGUCGAAGAGUUGGUUACAUAUCCACAACGCAAGUGCACGCUUCACAACAAACGCGUUAUCGACAUUUCUGUGCUUGAAUACUUUUUGGAGAUAUUCUCUCUGAAGAAUCUCAAACUGGUUCACAUUGUAUGCCACGAUAAGGUACAACGUACAAAUCGCUCAAAUGGUCGUCUUCUAUGCGCUGACUGUCAUGAGUAUCGAAUUGUACAAGAGCUCAUGGAUGUAGAGACGGCAGAUACAACUUCCUAGGGAAAUAAGUAUAACGUUAUCCCUUAAAGCAAUAUUAUAUACAAUAAUGAUGAUGACACUUUAUAGAUAUAUGCUCUCAUAUACAUUUAUGAUAAGGGACGUAGCCCUUAGAAUGUAUGCCAAUUUAUGCUAUGAACAUAUGUAAUUUAAACUGGUCUCAAAUGAGUUAAGUUGUACAAAUCUCAAGUAUCUCAAAGUUAACUAUACUAUAGAAGUUUAAUGUUGAAAUGUUUACAAACAUAUUGUAUAAUGAAUGAAAAAUGACAUAUUUAUGCAUUUAAUAUAUGGUAUAUGCCAACCUAUUAUAUAUUAUACAAACUAUUUUAAAAAAUUAGCUUUAAAUGUUGUUAGCUAUAUAGCGCGUAGUUGUGUUUUGAACAGGUAUUUUAACCGUUGCCUUGUUCAACAUGUCCAUUUUAAGAAAGCUGGUAUACAUACUGUAUUGUGUAUAAGAUCGGUUAUGAGUUCACGUUAGCGCAACCGAACUUGAAUGUAGAAUCUCUACUUGUAUAAUAAAAUCAAAAUGAAUAAUUUCUUGCUUUAUUUUUGUGCAAUAUGUACAAUACGGUUUAUAAAACUAUACUUUAAUUUUUUUCUACACUCGGCUUCUCUGUACCACAAACUAUGAAAUAAAAAAAUUUAUGAAUUGAAAAGCAACGAUUUGUUUUAUAUAUUUCUUUAUUUACUAAAAUGUCACUGCAUAAAAAAUUAUACAACACAAAAUAUAGAAGUAUAAAAUAAUAAUAGUAGUCAAAAAAUUAGAUAACACAUUCGUAUGCAUACGAAUACCAUAUUUAUGUUUCUUGUUUCAUAUAAAUAACUAUGACAUAAACAAAAAGAACCUUGUUAAAAGCUGAUGAAAGUAUUUAAAAGUCCUCAGAGGUUUCUUAAACAGUUUUUGUAUAUUUAUUAAUAAUAUAAAUCGUUGUAAUAUGCGCUUUUCGUUUAUCCGGAUUCAUCUUUUGUAUGAUUGGUCGAUUUACUUGUCAUUGCGUUUGUUGUUUUCGUUUCGUUGUUACCUCAUUGUUGUUAUUUCGUCUGUUAACUGUCUCGUGUAACUGUUUUCAUUUUUAUUUAUACGUUUAAGUGCUAGGAUUAGUAAUGAUUCGCUCUCGCUAUUGGUUUUCGAAAAUUGUGUUAGAGGUUUUAGUGCUGCUUUCAAAUCGCGUUUAACAAUUAGAGAAAAUACAAGAUUUUCUCAUCAUUUCAUCAAAUACAAUGCUGAAGUUAGUUUUAAGAAA